AACCUCUGUCAGGGUUGUGGUCAUGUUUCAAGCCGAGCGGAGGAUUCGGAAGCCGAGUUAUUUUUAUACAUCGACUCAAUCCUAUUUGGAUGCAAAAAGUGGGUUGUAGUUGGCCCCAUACUCGCUGAGGCUCCGACGAAUCGCCUGCCCGAAGAUAUAAGGUGCAUGUCUACACAGGAUAGGAUCGA